AUGAAUGACGAACUCGCAAAAGAGACUUUCAUUGUUCAACACUAAGCACAACCAUUUACCUAUCUCCAAAUUCUGAAGGCCCUACAACCCUUGACUAUUAAGACAUUCCGAUUUAACAUUCCAGAAAUCUCAAUUUUCAAUUAAGGGGAAGUAGAAUUGUUCAUCUCCCAAAGGAGAACAAAUCUUUAUGGACAAUACAAGCAACUCAGGAAUCUUCCACUCUAUAGACUCAAAAUAUUGAUGCCCAAAAAUGGGUGUAUAUGCAAGUACGUUGAUUAGAAUCUCCAAAUUAUGACAGAUGCAGAAUUGACCAUACUACUCAAUAAAAGAAGAGUUGAACCCAUAUGGAAGGACAUCCUCUAUCUACAAUCACAGCACUUGGUCGAUUAGAGAGUUCUUUAUAUUGCAGAACAAGACGAUAGCACAACGUUGUAUAAAAGAGCCUACACGGAAGUAGGAAUCUUGACAAAGGAUAUUGUCAUUGCCUCAUCUCAAUAUAUCGCAGAUGAGGAGGAAGAUCAAUAUGAAAGAAGUCUCCCUUAGGAAUAACUCUGUUAAUAUUACACCUACAAAAUAAUCCACUUCCUUGAGAAAGUAAGGACUAUUAAAAUAACACAUGGAAUUUUCAAAUGGAGUGUUGAAAAUUUUCGCUCUUAUUAUUUUGUAGACUCACAAAAUGUUAGUUAUAAAAAUAUUGUUGUUAACGAUUUAAAAUAGAAUACUAAAUAAUAAAACUCCCUGUAAUUAAUUGAUUCUGUUAACGAUGAAGUUGUUAAGUAAUAUACUACUAUUUUAAACAAUGAAUAUUAGAAGAAAAAAUAAUAAUUUGGGUUCAAUGAGAAUUAAUUCAAUAUAACAAAGGACAGAGAAACUGAAAAAGUAUUCAAAGAGAUACAUAAAGGUUCAAAUAUUUAAUAUAAUUAAUUAUUUUAAGAUCUUGAUUCAUUUACUAAAUAUGAGGGAAUACUAAUAAAGCAAAUUAAACAAAAACAUAGAAUAAAAAUUAUCAAACCCAGAGAAAGAGUUAUGACAAUUUAAAACAGUUCGCCUCCCCAAAAGACUUUGCCAGUUCGACCAAUGACAUAAUAAAGGUAAAGAACUCCUACCUACAAGCAUUAUAAAUCAAAAUUGAAAUAUAAUACUUUGCCAUACUUAUUAUAAUACUGA